AUGGAUGAUUAUACCGCCCUCUUGACCACCAUUGUACCCACCACAGCCGAAGCAACACGUGUGAGAUUAGGGGAGGAAGGAGUUGGUUGGUUCUCAACCCCAACCAGUCUCACCUUGAAAGAUGAUGAAGGUGGUCACCACAUUGAACCACUGACAGCUCUUGGAUAUGUUCUCCCACGGCACAGGCUCAAGCAAUGUAGAACCUAUCAACUCAUUGGGCCUCUUGGGAUUGACUCCAAAACUGAAGAAGCCUUCAUCAAACAUACUCUUGACACACGCAUUGAGGUUGGAACCCACUGUCCUGAUCUGGAAGCUCUUGCUGGGAGAUCCAUGCUUAGUGGCCUUGGUAAGGUGCUCAAUGUUACCUUUGACAACGUGGCCAUUCCAAGGGUUUGGAAUUUGACUGUCACUGCACAGCACCAUUGCUAUGACCCUGUUGUACAACAUGCUGGUUCAAUGGCACAGUACAAGGGAGAGAUCCCAUCUCCAAAAAUUUCAUAG